AUGAGUUCUACCAGUGACUCCAUGGAUUUAACCUCCAAGGUCCCCUCCUUCGAAGUCUUCGACUCCGCCAGCGCCGCCGAGCAAGCUGUACAAGCCUGGGCGCUUGAAUCCGGGUUCGCCGCCACAACCAAGUCGUCUAACAAUGGCAUUAUCAACCUCCACUGUGAUCGCCGCGUGAAUCCUCUCAUUGCAUGUGCAUUUUUGGCCGAGAUUUCCUGCAAAGAGAAGGCUGCGAUGGUAUCUGAACAGGAACAAGUCUUGCAAGAAUGGCAUGUCAACAUUCUGAAUGCCACCCACAAUCAUGGCCCGUCGCCCGUCGAUAAACACAACGGUCACCGUGCCUGCGAUAAAGAGACAUUCAUGCAUCUAAUGGUUGAUCCUCUAAUUGGUGAGGGGUGUUUAACACGCUCCAUCUUGGAGGAACUCCAUACAUCCCACACGCCAGGAUGCGCAAAUAUCCAGGCCAAAGACAUCAGAACCCGGCGCCAAAACUUGCGUCGAAGGCGGAAACACAGAGAGCGUCAAGCUGAAGCGCUUGAAGCUUAUAUCUGGAAGCAGAAAAUCCUGAAGGAGAUAGAAGCAAUGGCUUCUGAAAUGCACACAAGAGACAGAGACGCAACCAGCGCUUAA